CUCAUCUCCAACAUCAUCCAGCUGCUGACUGGAGAGGAGUGGGAGUAUAUAAAAAGAAACAAGGACAUUCGCAGGAAAGGGAUAAGAGGAAAUGCACAUCAGUCCCCGUCACUCAAGAGGAAAUACAGAGAUAACAGGGAUAUUACAGUUGACCUGCAAGCAAGGCUCGGUUUGGAAGACGGCCCAAGCAGUGGUUUGGAUGAAGAAUCAUUUCCUUGUGAAGAAAAAAAUCUCACAAACCCUAAAAUUUGUUUUGCUGGACCAGAAAAUGCUUUUAAGGAUGAGUCGGCCUUAUGUGAAGGGGGAAACCAAUCCGAUUGCAGCAUUAAUCCCCUUACAGAACAGAUACAGGGAACAGACACACCUACUCCUAUCAUGGGGUGCAGCCUAGAUAGCAGCUCGGCAGAGGAUUAUAUAUCAGUAGCCAUUAAAGAGGAACCAACUUCAUGUGAAGAGAGUAACCAAUCAGAUUGCAGCAUUGAUCCCCUUACAGAACAGAUACAGGAAAGAGAUCCACCUACUCCCAACAUGGAGUGCAGCCUGGAUAACAGCUCGGCAGAUAAUUAUAUAUUAAAUGGUAUUAAAGUGGAGUCGGUUACAUGGGAAGAAGAAGAAGAAGAGGAAAACCAUUCUGAAUGCAGCGAUAAUUCACCCACAGAAGAGAUAAAGGGAAUGAGCACAUCCGCUUCUCUCAUGGGGUGCAGCUUCAAUAGCUUGAUGGGAAGAAAUAGCAGCAAAUAUACGGGCAAGUUUGGCAAGAAAUCCUCCCGUGCCCCUAACCUAUCGAGGGAAAGCUUCCAGGCGACGUAUACCUGCAGCGAGUGCAAUAAAGAUUUCAGCACUAAGGGCAGUCUCGUUCGGCAUCAGAGAGCCCACACAGGGGCAAAACCCUUUUCUUGUUCUGUCUGUGGGAAAGGUUUCAAACGCGCCGCACAUCUUGAGCGACAUAAGAAAACGCACACUGGAGAGAAGCCAUUCACUUGCACCCAGUGUGGAAAAUGUUUCACCCGUCACACACAGCUGACUGCCCACACCAGGCUUCACACAGGGGAGAAACCGUUCUCUUGCUCCGAAUGUGGCAAAUGUUUUACGCUUCACUGCCAGCUGAAGGCUCAUUGCCGGAUUCACACGGGAGAGAAGCCAUUUUCUUGUCCCGAUUGUGAGAAAUGUUUCGCAUUGGCCUCUCAGCUCAAAGUGCAUCGCAGGAGCCACACCGGGGAGAAACCGUUCACUUGCUCCGAAUGUGGGAAAUGCUUCUCGCAGAGCUCGGCCCUCAAAGUUCACAGCAGAAUCCACUCGGAAGAGAAACCGUUUUCCUGUUCUGUGUGCGGGAAAUGUUUUAAACAUCGGUCGAAUCUUCUCAUACAUCUAAGAAUUCACGCCGGGGACAUGCCCUUCUCUUGCUCCGAGUGCGGCAAGUGCUUUAUACACCGCUCACACCUCAAAGUACACGAAACAGUUCACACCGGAGGAAAGCAAUUGACUUGCUCCGACUGCGGGAAAUGCUUCGCGUAUCUCUCCGAUCUUAAUUUCCAUCGCAGGAUCCACACGAGAGAGAAUUUGUUUACUUGUGCAGAAUGUGGCAAAAGCUUUACGCGACGCUCACUUCUAAAUGUGCACAGCCGGAUUCACACCGGGGAGAAACCAUUUGCCUGCGCUCAGUGCGGGGAGUGCUUUAGGUACCGCUCGCAGCUUACCGUCCACCAGAAAACUCAUUAGUGAAAUGUCUUACGUACAGGGGAUUUAGCGGUGCCAGUCCAUUUACUUUUGGUAAAAGGCACUAAAAGGAAAGUUAUACUGCAGUUCACAGUAAUGUGCCAGUUUAUCUAAAUGUCACCUGUAGUAUGAAAGGAUUCUUCUUGUUUCGGGGGGGGGGAAUGGUACAAGAAUGAGUUGGGUGGUUGGAUCAGUAGGAAACGAUUGAGUUGGGUGAUUGGAUCAGUAGGAAACAAUUGAGUUGGGUGAUUGGAUCAGUAGGAAACAAUUGAGUUGGGUGAUUGGAUCAGUAGGAAACAAUUGAGUUGGGUGAUUGGAUCAGUAGGAAACAAUUGAGUUGGGUGAUUGGAUCAGUAGGAAAUGAUUGAGUUGGGUGAUUGGAUCAGUAGGAAAUGAUUGAGUUGGGUGAUUGGAUCAGUAGGAAAUGAUUGAGUUGGGUGAUUGGAUCAGUAGGAAAUGAUUGAGUUGGGUGAUUGGAUCAGUAGGAGACAAUUGAGUUGGGUGAUUGGAUCAGUAGGAAACGAUUGAGUUGGGUGAUUGGAUCAGUAGGAGAUGAUUGAGUUGGGUGAUUGGAUCAGUAGGAAACGAUUGAGUUGGGUGAUUGGAUCAGUAGGAAACAAUUGAGUUGGGUGAUUGGAUCAGUAGGAAACGAUUGAGUUGGGUGAUUGGAUCAGUAGGAAAUUAUUGAGUUGGGUGAUUGGAUCAGUAGGAGAUGACUGAGUUGGGUGAUUGGAUCAGUAGGAAAUGAUUGAGUUGGGUGAUUGGAUCAGUAGGAAACAAUUGAGUUGGGUGAUUGGAUCAGUAGGAAAUGAUUGAGUUGGGUGAUUGGAUCAGUAGGAAAUGAUUGAGUUGGGUGAUUGGAUCAGUAGGAGAUGAUUGAGUUGGGUGAUUGGAUCAGUAGGAAAUGAUGAAACUAUCGGCAGUGUCAGUAGAUUGAGUUGAUCAGUUGAAGUCUGUUGUCAGGUUCAGUCUGUACAAGGUUAUUGGGUUGUUUGAGUAGAUCAGUAGUAAAUGUUGGAUAUAAAUAGGGCAGUUUAGAGGGGAAUGAUUGAGUUGUAUGGGCCAGUUUAGUAGGAAAGGAUCGAGUUGUAUGGAGAUCGUGCAGGUUGCAGUAGUGGAAAUGGGCAAGUUGUAGUGCUGGGUCCCUAGGAAAUGAUCACCGUGGGUAGCGGCUGGGGUGGGCGGCACAUUACGAAGGAGACUCUGUGCCACAGGGAUACACUCGGUGUUCAUACAGUUUACCUGCCACUGCCCUGAAGUGCCCUUAGUAUGAUAUGUGCCAAUGUGUGUAUUUAUGGCUAAUCCCAACGUGUACAUGCAUUUAUAUGUAAGGAGCAUUGUGUAUACUGGUCUUGCUCUAACGGCAUACUGGGAGCAUGUCCUUCCAACCUGACCAGGCGAUGAGCGCAUCUAUGAACAACAUGGAGCCGCCAGUUUGGUCUGUGAAGAACGUCCCCACCAUGAAGCACUUUGCUCUCUAUACAAUUGGCAUUGGGCCUUCUGCUGUAUAAAAACGCCCCAGCAUGACGCACUUACUCUAUAAAGGGCCCCAUCCUAGACGACAGAGUGAUCUCUAGAGCGCCGCCUCCUACAGACCAACGAGACCGUACUCGGAAAUCCCCAGAUGCAAGUAGUGUUUUUGUCCAUUGUGACUUUGCUGUUUGUGUUUCUGCAAAUAAAUACGAUGUGAAGCAGCCGAGGCACCUUCUGGUCAGCUGAUAUGAGCCGCCCUAUCCCGUUUGCGCUAUCGUUCAGCUUAAGGUGCAAAUGGAGGCAGCUCUGGGGGAGUGUCAAUUAACUGUGUUUUUGUGGGAGGGGUUUCAUUAAUUUGUCAUACACUUUAUGGUUAUUGUACUAUGUAGCCCUGUGCCUCCAAAUAAACGUGUUAUUUAUAG